UGGAAAUGGGACCGAAGCAAGAAAUCGUGUCCAGAUUAUUAAGGGAAAGCCAUAAUCAGUUAGGUCUGAAAGAGCCUAUAGAAGAUGUAGAUGUAUUUGGAAAAGGAAAAGAAGUGCAGCCACAGUUUAAGGAGAGUUCAUAUGACACUUUUUCAGAAUUAGAAAUAUAA